GAAGCACCCGGGUGCCCACUUGCACAGUUGGGGGUCGCAAGCACCCUGUUCGAUUCCGUAGCGCUUGAACGUGGGGUGUUGUGAAACUUUAGGGUUGGACGUGGGCCACGGCUGCCUCCUCUGCCUGGUAGAAACGGCCAGUCUUGGCUAGCGCGAAGUCUUUUUUUUUUUUUUUUUUUUUUAAGUCUUGGCUUUUCCAACUCUUUCUAGCCUUGAGGCUCAACAAUAAGUUAUAUUAACUGAUAGUCUCGGAGGAACCACAGUCUCCCACCAGAGGAGCCUUGUUCAUUGUUCUUUUAAUGGAAAUAACUUGAUUUAGAGCAAAUUUGAGUUUUUUCAGGCCUCCCAUUACAGCAACUUCCCAAAAUGCCAGAAAGACGUAAAGAAGAUAAAUCUUUUCCAAGAUGUGCCUUAUUUCUAGUGAGGACAGUGGCAAAUGAAAAAACAGAACUUUUUAAAAGUAAUUUUAGGGCAGACUACUGGAAGUCGCAACCAAAGAAAUUCUGUGAUUACUGCAAGUGUUGGAUAGCAGACAAUAGGCCUAGUGUUGAAUUUCAUGAAAGAGGAAAGAAUCAUAAAGAAAAUGUGGCAAAGAGGAUCAGUGAGAUUAAACAGAAAAGCCUGGAUAAGGCAAAGGAAGAAGAAAAGGCAUCAAAGGAGUUUGCCGCAAUGGAGGAAGCUGCCCUGAAAGCAUACCAAGAGGAUUUGAAAAGACUUGGCUUAGAGUCAGAAACUUCAGAGCCAAGCAUAUCACCAGUAACAAGCACUGUCCCACCCACCCCUGCAUCAAAUCAGCAGAAGGAAAAGAAGAAGAAGAAAAAAGACCCUUCAAAGGGUAGAUGGGUAGAAGGCAUAACCUCUGAGGGUUAUCAUUACUAUUAUGAUCUCAUCACAGGAGCAUCCCAGUGGGAGAGACCUGAAGGAUUUCAAGGAAACUUAAAAAAGACAGUAGGGAAGACUGUGUGGGUAGAAGGUAUAAGUGAAGAUGGUUAUACCUACUAUUACAAUAUAGAAACAGGAGAAUCCAGAUGGGAAAAACCUGAUGAUUUCAUUCCACACUCUGGCGAUCUGCUUUCUAGUAAAGUCAGUGAAAAGUCACUUGAUACCCUAGAAGAGUCUAAAUCAUCAGAUUCUCAUAGUGAUUCUGAUGGGGAACAGAAAGCAGAAAAAGGAGAGGCCUCUACAGAAACACAAAAGCCAAAAAUAAAGUUUAAGGAAAAAAAUAAAAAUAGUGACAAAGGAACUGAACCAGAAACCCAGAAAGAAAAAAAUACACAAGAGCAAAAUUCAUCAGGUCCGAAUGAAGACAAAUCUAAAGCUCAUAAAAAAUCAAACCCGUAUGGAGAAUGGCAAGAAAUCAAACAAGAAGUUGAGUCUCAUGAGGAGGUAGACUUUGAACUUCCGUGCACUGAAAAUGAGUAUGUAUCAACGUCAGAACCUGAUAUUGGUGGACAACCUAAAGUGGUAUUUAAAGAAAAAACAGUUACUUCUCUUGGAAUCGUGGCAGAUGGAGUGGCCCCAGUCUUUAAAAAGAGAAGAAUUGAAAAUGGAAAAUGUAGAAAUUUAAGGCAACGAGGUGAUGAUCAGUAAUUAUAAAAGAGCUUUUUUUUCCUGCUUUUCAGACCGCAUGGAGACUGUACACCUUGAAGCUCCUCUGUGUUUGUUUAAAUGCCAAAAAUUUAGAUGUAUUCUAAAUGUAUUUUAUGUGAAUCUAAAAUAAAUCAUUUUUCAUGUGAAAUUUA